AUGAGGGUGAAGUUUGCUGCCCAAAUUUUAAGUAACACUGUGGCAGCAGUACUUAAGCUUCUAUCUACUGGAGAAAGAAAUGAAUUCCAUGCAGCAGAAUUAAUGGAUACCGCUUUGGUUGUGCAAGAAUUGGACCGUUUAUUUGAUUGCACAAAUGGGCCAUCAUGUGCAGAAGACAUUAAAAAAGGCAUUCGACAAAAUGUGUCACAAAAAACUAAUCAUUUGGAUGUUUGGUCUCAAUAUGAAAAAAAGUUGCAGACCUUAAAAUUUAUAAACAGUGCUGUGGACGUUCCUCAUUACUCAAGCGCUAUAAAUCAAGGUCUGGAUACUACCAUGAACAAUAUGAUCUCUAAUUUGAAUUCAUCAGCCAGCCCAACCAUUCUACACACAAAUAAUAAUACCAAUAGGGACAAGAUUAAUAAUAUUGAUCAUAUUAUGACCACUGAUCCAGCACAUUCGUCUAAUUCUACUCCCAUGGUGGCAAAUGAAGACCCUAGUACUGAACCAUCCACUAGUGGCUUGCAACAAAAUUCACUUAUAAAAAGAAAGCAAAAGGUGUUCCCGCCUAAAGAGCAUAACUCCAAAAAACGUCGUAGAAACCCUGAGCAGUGGAAAAAAAAGCUGCGGCAU